GUUAACAGUUGGCCAAAUGAAGCGGUUGAAUACCAUUAAAUUGCCACUUUUUUUGGCUUUCUUCGUGGCCUUUUUACUCUUUGAAGAAACGCAAAGUGCUGUGAUUGAUUUGGAAAAUAUUAUAUUAAAUAAAACAGAAACAGGAUAUAACGAUUCCAAAGCCGAAAACCGAGCAGUGGCUGCAACGGAUGACGAUUUUUAUGUGAGCGAAGAUGCAAUAAGCUGGUUCGCUGCCGAAUACUUCUGCAGAAAGAAUGGCUGGCAUUUGGUUUCUAUCCGAAACUUAGAAGAAGCAGUACAGUUGAAUGGCUUUCUACACUUUAACACAUUAACCGUUGAACGUUACUGGACGUCUGGUAAUAGACUAGCUGAUCAAAAGUCAUGGUAUUGGGAUCUUAAUUAUGAGGGUAUGGGAUAUACAAAUUGGGCUGAAAAUGAGCCGGAAACUACGAAGGCGCAAUAUUGUAUGAGACUUACUGGUAUGCUGUGGUACAGCUAUGAUUGUGUUCAGUCAUCAAGAUAUAUUUGUAGAAAACAUUGACAAGUAAGCCCAUAUCGGCCAGAAGUAAUAAAUAUU